UUUUCCAACUACGGAAUUGGACCGCUGGGUUGGGUUUUUCCAUUUGACCCAAACAUGGUCUAAAACAAUAAAAAAAAAUUAAAUGUAUACUGGGGUUUCAGCUAAAAUAUAACCUUAAAAAUCAUAAAAACACAAAACUCCCUAAAUGCCAGUUUGUACUACAUCUCACUAGAGGGCAGUAAUGGUUACAGUGAAUAGCUGAGCGCGCGCACGAAGAAGCGAAACCGGCUGUUUACAGUCAUGAUAGCAGCAGUGCACGUCUAAAUUUGUAUAUAAAAAAGGAUGAUUUAAACAUUUUAUAAUGUAACAGUGUAGAGAAUAUAUAACCGCAGAUAACGGCGCAGUUGAUUUUAAGUAACAUAACAUAGUUUUAUAAAAGGGUUCGCGUGUGCUUAAAAUGAUCAGUCAAAUUUUUAUCUUGUCAUCGAAGGGAGAUCACCUCAUAUAUAAAGACUUUCGAGGAGAGGCGAGCAAAGACUCCAUCAAUGUCUUUUAUGAAAUGGUUACAGCUCUGAGUGGAGAUCAGCCUCCGGUAGUCAUGACACACAAGGGCCUUCAUUUCCUCCAUAUAAGGCAGGGUGGGCUUUACUGGGUGGUGUCCACCAAGACAAACCCAUCUCCUUUUACUUUAAUUGAGUUCCUUAACAGAUUAGCAGCUCUUACAAAAGACUACUGCGGCAGCUUGUCAGAGAAAUCUGUACGGAUGAAUUUUGCACUGAUUUAUGAGCUGCUGGAUGAGAUGGUGGACUACGGAUAUAUACAGACCACCUCAACCGACAUACUUAAAAAUUUCAUCCAGACAGAGGCUGUAACAUCCAAACCCUUUAGUCUUUUUGACCUCAGUAACGUUGGCUUGUUUGGGGCAGAGACCCAGCAGAGUAAAGUGGCCCCCAGUGUUGCAGCCAGUCGUCCCAUAAUGUCCAGCAGAGGGGAGCAGGGCGGAAAGAAUGAGAUCUUUGUGGAUGUGAUAGAGAGGCUAUCUGUGGUUAUUGGUUCCAAUGGGAUUCUAAUGAAGGCAGAUAUUCAGGGAGAGAUUAGGAUAAAAUGCUUUCUACCGACCUGUUCAGAAAUGCGGAUUGGGCUGAAUGAGGAGUUGAAUAUAGGAAAGUCCCAGCUUAAAGGCUACAGUUCUGCUGUGCGUGUAGAUGAAUGCAGAUUUCACCAGGCUGUUAAACUGGAUGAAUUUGAUACUUUCAGAAUACUAAAAGUUUGUCCGAGCCAAGGAGAGCAAACAGUGAUGCAAUAUCAGCUUUGCGAUGAGCUACCCUGCCCACCACCAUUUCAGUUAUUCCCUUCAGUAGAAAAAGAUUAUGUAAACAGGGUGUUAAUCUUCCUUAAACUUAGAUGUGAUCUUCCACCAAAAAGUACGGCCCUUAAUGUUUCAGUCACUGUGCCUGUUCCAAAAGGCGCUGUAAGUAUGUCUCAAGAGCUCAGUAGUCCUGAUCAGACUGCUGAACUACAACCGAAAAACAAAGCCCUUCUGUGGGAGAUCCCACGUUUCCCAGGAGGAGCACAGCUAUCAGCACUGUUCAAGGUGGACGUUCCGGGUCUAAGCUCUGCCUCUUUGCUUGAGGUCGGCCCUGUCAGUAUGUCCUUCGAACUGCCCAAACAAACAUGCACUGGCCUUCAGAUCCGCUUCCUCAGACUCUCUCCAACUCAGGCAGGACUGUCACAACGAUGGGUGCGAUAUGUCACUCAUUCGGAUUCCUAUACUAUACGGAUCUGACCCGAACAGAUGGAUUUAGCAUUCACUGUAAAUACAGUACAUCACCGGCUUAUGAGUUCAUGAACUGUUGUUCAUCAUACCUGUUUAUAAAGACUUUUGAAAAAAAUGUUGGGAAAUUGUUGUUUAUGUAAACAACAUAUAGGCAAAUAUCUACUUUUUGAUCCGGUAAUUC